AUGGCCUCCUCAUUGUUGGGCUGGGUCCUUUGGGACCCUGGUUCUUCAGAAAUGCGGUCUUGCUGGGCUUCCGAGAUAGUUCUCCAAGAGAACAAACUUCAAGAUAUUCUCAUAGAACUAUAUACUGGUCAUUCUGCUGAAGCUCUUUCUUUCAGAACAUAUGUCAGAACAUAUAAUAAUAUGUUUGCCUUCACCUCUUUCGGAGUACAUUAUGACAGAUCCCUAUGCAGGAGAACUAAUGGUAUCUACACAUUCAAAGUCCAGGGACAAACCUAUCACUUCAUCAAGGAUCUUAUUCCACAUGAGUGCAGGACUGUUUAUUUGCAGCUAUAUUUUCAUGAUACAGAGCAUGAGUUAGAAAACAGACUGGCUACAUCAGAGAACCUAACAGAAAGUGCAGUGAAAAAAAUUAUGCAUGUCAUGGAAUUGAAUCCAUAUGCCUCUUUUCUCCGAAGCUUAAAAAAUGUUCCGAAUCUCGACUCAUAUCAAAUCGUCUUAAAGUCUCAUUCAGAAAAUGACCAGAGAGUUUGGAAUCAACCAACUGCAUCUCAAAUUGCAGCCUUGUGGGUAGAGGGCCAAGAAUCUGGAGAAGGAUACAAAAGGCAUAUCCAAAUCUAUACUAAAGAAGGCAAGGAUCAUCUGGUGCACUACUAUUAUGGAUGCUAUGAUCCAUUGCAGUAUCCGCUGCUGUUUCCAUUUGGAGAGACAGGAUGGCAUCCUGGUAUAAAAAGAACAGCACCACAUAAUCCAAACAAAAGGAAAAGAUACAAUAGAACAGCCAACUGCACUCCUGCUUCUACUGAUUGCAAAUCUGCAGAAGAACUAAUAGCAGCUGAACACCAAGCUUCUCACAAUCCUGAAAACAAUAAAGAGUUUGUAUCUAUGCGUGAGUAUUACGCAUACAAGUUGCAGAUGCGGGAAAAAUACACUCCAGGCAUACUCAAUACCGGCCGACUACUUCAACAAUAUGUCAUCGAUAUGUACAUCAAGAUAGAAUCUCAGAGACUUGAUUAUUACAGAAGCCGACAACAGUUAAUAAGAAGAGAGGAACUUCAAGGCAUAAUGGACAGUGUCAUGUCAGGACAUUGCCAAGGAUCCAAAAUAGGUCAGCGAGUUAUUCUUCCAGCAUCAUUCAUAGGUGGUCCUCGCGACAUGAGAAGAAGAUAUGUUGAUGCUAUGGCUCUCGUGCAAAAAUUCGGCAAACCAGAUUUAUUUAUCACUAUGACAUGCAAUCCUUCAUGGCCUGAGGUGAAAAAACACAUGCUACCUACUGAUGAAGGUCAUAACAGACCAGACUUACUCGCUCGAGUUUUCCAUGCUAAGCUUGAUCUUUUGAAGGACCAACUCUUCAAGAAACAAAUAUUUGGAGCAGUAGCAGCUUAUACCUAUGUUGUUGAGUUUCAGAAACGUGGUCUACCGCAUACUCAUUUCCUCAUAAUUUUAGAGCCAGGUUCAAAACUUUAUUCCACAGAAUCCUAUGAUAAAAUCGUCAGUGCAGAAAUUCCAGAUAUAACAGCAAAUCAACAUUUAUUCAGAAUGGUUCGAAAGCACAUGAUCCACGGUCCUUGCGGAGCACAAAAUCCAGAUAAUGUUUGUAUGCAAGGAAAUCAGAAGAAAAGAUGCAGAAAUAAUUACCCAAAAUCAUUUGCUCAGACAACCUUUCAUGGAAAGAAUGCGUAUCCUACUUAUCGAAGGAGAAAUGAUGGACAGAAAAUAAUUGUUCGUGGCCAUCAGCUUGAUAACAGAUGGAUAGUUCCACACAACAGAUACUUAUUGGCAAAAUUUGAUUGCCACAUAAAUGUUGAAAUCUGUUCCACUGUGAAAGCUGUCAAAUAUAUAUACAAAUAUAUAUACAAGGGUCAUGAUAGGAUUCAUUUUAGAGUAAACUCAGAUGCUCCUGCUCAAGACAAUAAUAGCUCCCAACCUCUUCCAAUCGAUGAAAUAAAGGACUUCCAAUCAGCUCGAUGGGUGUGUGCAGUUGAAGCAAUUUGGAGAGUGUACAGAUUUAACCUCAGUGAGAUCCACCCUUCUGUAAUUCAUCUCCAGCUCCAUCUACAAAACUGUCAGUCCAUGAGUUUCACACCUGAUCAAGACCUACGAGAUGUAAUCAGCAACAAGUAUACAAAAAGAACUAUGUUAACUGAAUUCUUUUACAUGAAUUCUGUGGAUGAGUUAGCUCAGGAUCUUAAGUGCACAUACAAAGAAUUCCCAGAGCACUUCGUUUGGUACCCCGGAAGAAAAAAAUGGGAACCUAGAAAGCAAAAGGACUGUAUUGGCAGAAUUGUCACAGCAGGUAUAAAAGAAGGAGAACGUUAUUUUCUUCGACUACUUCUAACACAUGUGAAAGGCCCCAAAUCAUUUGAAGACCUCAAGACAGUGAAUGGAACAUACGUAAACACAUUCCGUGAAGCAGCAAUUCUCAGAGGAUACUUUGAAUCAGAUACAUCGCAAGAAGAAUGCCUCGAAGAAGCCAGUUCAUAUCAAAUGCCAUACAUAUUGAGAAGGCUGUUUGCAACUUUGCUGGUACACUUUCCUCCAUUAAAUGCUAGAAAGCUAUGGGAGAAAUUUGAACAUUGUCUAUCAGAAGAUUUCAUGAAAAUACCAGAUAUAUCAACUGAUGAAACACGAUACAAGGUUCUAGAACAGAUAAACAAUUUUCUUGAAUCUAUGGGAAGAGAUAUUAACUCAUAUGCCCUGGUUCCAUAUCUUUUAAAUUUUAAUGAUCUCAACAAGAGCACGAGGGACACAAUAGCAGAGACAAGAAUCACUGUGCUAGAGUCUGAUCUGCAAAAAAUUGAUCUAUUAAACAAUGAUCAGAAAACUGCCUUUGAUAUAAUCACUCAUGCAGUCUUCCAAAAGAAACAUGGAUGCUUUUUUGUUGAUGGUCCAGGUGGAACCGGAAAAACUUUCCUUUAUCGAGCAUUAUUAGCUGAGGCAAGAUCCAAAGGAUUCAUUGCGCUGGCUACAGCAUCAUGCGGAGUAGCAGCUUCAAUAUUGCCCGGUGGGAGAACAACUCACUCAAGAUUUAACAUACCAUUAGAUACAACAAAAAAUAAGAAUUGCAGAAUCAGCAAGCAAAGUUCGUCGGCAGAACUUCUGCAAAAAGCCAGUCUUAUAAUUUGGGAUGAAGCUCCGAUGAUAAAUAAAGGUUCAAUAGAAGCUGUUGAUAGAUUACUCCAGGAUCUAAUGGACUCAAACGCUUUAUUUGGAUCUAAAGUGAUCGUUUUCGGAGGAGAUUUUCGACACGUAUUACCAGUUGUUCUUAAAGGAACAAAAUCAGAAUUCAUUGAUGCCAGCAUAGUCAACUCAUAUAUAUGGCCACACCUUCAUAAGCUUCAACUUACAGAAAACAUGAGAGCAAGGGAUGAUCCAGAAUUCAUUGAAUAUUUGCUUCGUGUUGGAAAUGGAACAGAGCCUACUGUCAACAACGACUGCAUACAAAUACCUCCAUCAAUGCUGAUAAGAUAUACAAAUGAUGAAGAUUCAAUCAAACAGUUGACUACCACGGUAUUCCCAGAUUUGUCAAUAUUCUCUCAUCAUGAUUUCUCAGCUGUAAAUCGUGCUAUACUCACAACAAAAAAUGAGUUUGUUGAUCAGAUUAAUCAGCAGCUCAUACACGAUAUGCCUGGUUGCAUUCAAGAAUACAUUAGCCGAGACAAAUGUAUUGAAGAUUCUGACCAAAUAAUCAUGGAGGACUUCAUAAAUGCCCUAACACCAAAUGGAUUUCCACCUCACAUAUUGAUUCUCAAGCCAAACACUCCAAUUAUGCUCCUUAGAAAUAUUGAUCCGCCCCAAGGACUAUGCAAUGGAACAAGGCUCAUCUGCAAAUCCUUAAAGUCCAAUGUCAUAUAUGCUACAAUAAGUUGUGGAGAAUUCACUGGCAAGGAAGUCUUCCUUCACAGAAUCUGCUUCAGAAUAGAAAAUGAUCCAGAGUCGCCAGUAUCUUUUGAAAGAAUACAAUUUCCUAUUCGACCAUGCUUCGCUAUGACUAUCAAUAAAGCUCAAGGGCAGACUCUAGAUUUUGUGGGAAUAUAUUUACGUGAACCAGUUUUUUCACACGGCCAGUUAUAUGUAGCAAUGUCAAGAGCUAAGAACAAGAGUUCAAUAAAAAUUCUGAUCAAACCAGCUAUAUUUAGCACUGGAGAAGACUCAAUAACACAUAAUGUAGUAUAUAGAGAAAAACUACCCAUUACUUGCUCUUCUGAAUUACAGGAUGACAGAAAAGUGAUAGGUUUUGCUGAAAUCGUUCCCGGACUUCAAUACUGGACAACGAUAGCCCAAGUCCUUGACAAGCAGAAACCUCUACUAUCAAAAGCAGGAAAUCGUUAUCAGAAGCUUACUCUGAUUGAUAACCAGGGAAUUACAGUGGAAGCUAUGAUAUACAAGUCAGAUAUAGAAUUCUUCCGCAACCACUUCAACUUGUACAAACGUUACAUGAUAUCCAAUGCAAGAGUUGAAUACACUCCGCUGGAAUACCGUGCACAUGAAAAUCAAUGCACCUGGUAUAUUGACAACUCUACCAUUGUCCAAGCAAUCGAUGAAGCAAGCCCUCCAGAAAUUCCCUCUGUUUUCACAUUCACACCUUUCAGAAGAUUCUAUCAACAUAUUGAUGACACUUCAGACAUAGAUACCCUUGGCAUUGUUGCACAAGUUCAUCCACGAAAUCACAGAGGCCCUACCCCAACCAGAGAAAUUGUCAUCAUAGAUAACAGAAUCAAGCAGCUGAUAAUGUAUUUUGUUCUCAGAAAAAAGCUUACUGGAUUCAAGGAACUCCACGAUUUCUCGACAGAAGCCAGCACUUAUGGUAUAAUGCAUGCUCAAACUGUCACAAAUCAUUCAGAGCAAAACCACUCUGGAAAAUUGUCUGCACUUCCUGCAAUAAGCAAAUGCAGAUUAACCAUAGAGCUGGCUGACUACUCUGGAAUGCUCACACUUGAUCUAUAUGACAAUGAUGCAGAGCAACUAUUGACCUUCACUCUACUUGAAAUUCAAGAACUUGAAGACAAGCACCAGCUCAACUACAUUGCUAUUGAACAAGCUAUUGAAAACACCAUUCUCACUUGCUUUGUGAAAAAAAUAAUGGGAAACCGUGGAUCCGGGGACACAGAAAAAUACACAGCCAUAAUAGUGCACAAAGCAAAUGCUGCAGAAAUCAUAUCAAAGAUUCCUACAACCCCAGCAUCGAUUGCUACUUCCUCCACAUGCGCUUCCUCGACUCCAGGACCAUCAACUGCAGAAGCUGUCCCAAAACACUCAACUUUUGACAGUGAAUUAUUCACAGCUCUCAAAAUUACAGAAAGUCCAACUAAGAGACAACGCACUGACGUGACUGAUAUGGAGCAGUAG